GACUAUGGUUUUAUAUCUCAGAAGGGGCCAAACACCAAAAAGAUUGUUAAUGGACAAAUUUCGGUCUUAAAUAAUAACCUUUUGUGCCUUUUAUUUUAUUCAACUUCGUUGUGGACUUAGUCUAUUUUAAUCGAAAGCCUUAGACUUGUAUAUCGCCCUCAGUUAAACCGGUCUCAAUACAACUGAUAAUUAUUAGCAACUGCAUACCGGCUUUUGCCGUUCAAAUGAACAGAAAUAAACAAAAAUCGUUUGCUUGAUAAGCAGGUUGAAUAUUUUGCAAGCCUAGCAUUACCAUAUCACCCGGCAUUGUGAGUGGUGAUAAGAUUGGAAGACGACUGCCGGCUUUUGGUACGAUUCUCAAUUCAAUCAUCUUAGAGCUAAGCUUUAAUAGCAGUGACCAUAGGAGGUGAUAUCAAAAUGCGACACUUCAUUUGGAUAGGGUGUUUGACCCUACUUUCUUUAAAGCUUUUUAAUCUUGCUUUGGCUGCGCCAGAUUCUUGUUCUGCUGAAUUUCCAGAAAUUCAAAAAUUCUUCGAAAACCAAGGAGAGCUUUUAAGGCAACGUAAACAUCUUGAAAAUCUGGCUGUUUACGAAUACAACACCAAUGUAACCGAAGAGAAUCGUUUGCAUAUGAUUGCCAUAAGUGCUCGCAAUGCUUUGGAGAAUGUUAAAGCCGUCCAAUUGGUGCGGAGUCACCAUUAUGAGGAGAUUGCAGAUCCAUGUAUAAAAAGGUUGGCUCAAUACUCUUCGGAAAUAGGGGCAGAUAUUUUGGAUGCCCAUGACUUUGAUACAUUCCAAAAUGCCAUCAGUAAAAUGCAAUCAAAUUAUGCCAGCACCAAAGUGUGCUCCUACAAAGAUGCCAGCGAUUGUAGCUUGAGUUUGGAACCCCAUAUACAGGAGCGCCUUUCGAAUAGUCGUGAUCCCAAAGAGCUGGCUCAUUAUUGGAAGGAAUGGCACGAUAAGGCUGGAACACCAAUGAGAGAACAUUUUGCUAAAUAUGUUGAGCUGAUUAACAAAGCAGCCAAAUUGAAUGGUUAUGCCUCGAAUGCUGAGUACUGGAUUCAUCACUAUGAAGAUCCCAAUUUUGAGAAAAAUUUAGAUGCGGCUUAUCAAGCCAUUUUACCACUCUAUCGCGAACUACAUGGCUACGUUCGCCAACGCCUUUUGAAUCACUAUGGACCUGAGGUAGUGGCUGCCGAUGGCAAUAUUCCCAUGCAUCUUCUGGGCAACAUGUGGGGUCAGCAAUGGGAUCAAAUCAUAGAACUGCUUAAACCCUACCCCAAUAAAGAGUUUGUUGAUGUCACUGCGGAAAUGAAAAAACAGGGCUACACUGUUAAGAAAAUGUUUGAGUUGGGUGAUGAAUUUUUCCAGUCCUUGGGCAUGCGUGCCUUGCCACAUUCAUUUUGGAAUUUAAGUGUUUUGGAAAAACCCGAAGAUCGUACCAUUGUGUGUCAUGCCUCUGCUUGGGAUCUUUAUGAGGAUAGUGAUGUUCGCAUCAAAAUGUGUACCGAGGUAGAUACCUACUAUUUGUAUGUGGUACAUCAUGAGUUGGGACACAUUCAAUACUAUUUGCUAUAUGAGAGUCAGCCAACUGUCUUUCGUGAUGCACCCAAUCCAGGCUUUCAUGAGGCUGUAGGCGAUGUUAUAGCCUUGUCGGUGUCCUCGCAAAAGCAUUUACAUGCCAUUGGUCUGGUGCCAGAGCCUGAAUUGGAUGAAGAGUCGCGUAUCAAUGAAUUAUUUAGAACGUCCUUGAAAAAAGUUGUCUUCCUUCCUUUUGCCUAUAUAAUGGACAAAUAUCGUUAUUCAGUUUUUCGCAAUGAAUUCAAAGAAUCAUCCUGGAAUUGUGCCUUUUGGCAAAUGCGGUCCGAGUAUACAGGCAUUGAGCCCCCAGUACAUCGUGAUGAUAAAGAUUUUGAUCCUCCAGCAAAAUAUCAUUUAUCGGCUGAUGUAGAAUAUCUGCGUUACUUUGCUGCUCAUAUUUUCCAAUUUCAGUUCCAUAAAUCAUUGUGCCAAAAGGCUGGACAAUAUGAAGCCGGAAAUCCACACAAGACAUUGGACAAUUGUGAUAUUUAUAAGAGUAAAGAAGCUGGUCAUGCUUUUAAACACUUCCUAUCAGCUGGCAGUUCUCGUCAUUGGACUGAAGUUUUAAAAGAGUUUACCGGUGAAACUAUCAUGGACCCUUCGGCUUUACUGGAAUAUUUCGAACCCUUGCGCGUAUGGCUUAAAGAGGAAAAUCGCAAACAAAAAGUGACUGUUGGAUGGGGAAACACAGACAAGGUUCCUCAUUCCUGUUAGCCUGCAGUUUGCUUCCAAUCACUUACAAUGUACUCGAAUAAAUUCUAUUUUAAUAUAAAUCGCAUAUUAAACCGGUGCGAGCGGAUGUUUUAAGAAUUUUUAUUUUAAGGUUUUUCUUUACUUCCAUAAUUGCGUCAACUUUUUUUUAGAAUUUAAUGUUUUGCACACUUAUUGAAUUAAAAUAAAAUUGUCAAUGAGGAA